AUGGACGUACUCAGCUCACUACGAACAAAUGGCCGCCAAGUCCAUUGCAUUGAUAUGCACACCACCGGCGAGCCAACCCGCAUCAUCUACUCAGGCUUCCCCGACCUCGAAGGCUCACUUCUUUCCAAACGCGAUCAAGCGAAGAACCAAUACGAUGACAUUCGCAAACGCUUGAUGUCAGAGCCCCGUGGACACGAUGGCAUGUACGGUGCUAUCAUCAUCCCCGAGACAGAGCUAGUGCUGUCCGGGGAAGCUGAUAUUGGGGUUCUGUUCACCCAUAAUGAGGGGUACUCCACUAUGUGCGGACAUGCCACUAUGGCACUGGGCCGGUUUCUGGUCGAUACCCAUGACCUGAAUGUGUUUCCCAAAAGAGAAACCUUGAAGUUUGAUGCAGACAGCCAAAGUAUUAAGCUUAACCUGCACGCACCUUGCGGGUUGAUCAGGGUUACUGUGCCUACUACGCCGGACGGAAAGAAAUCCGACCCGUCGCGAUCGGUAUCGUUCCUGUCCGUUCCUUCUUUUGCACCUGCUGUUCAACUUAAGAUUUCCAUCCCGCCGGAAGUUCGCUGGCCUGAACUUGGAACAAGGGACUCGAUCGUUUUGGAUCUCAGCUACGGAGGGGCAUACUACGCCCUCAUCGAUAUCGAAGAGCUCGGCUUCAAAACCUUGAAAGAUGUGGACCUCGAUGCUACUACGCGAUGUAGCCAGAAAUUAUUGCCCUAUCUCAAAACACAUCCGGAAAUUAUUUCCGCAAUCCAACACCCGGAGGACCCUCGUCUUUCGUUCCUCUAUUCUAUAAUGAUGGUGGACUCGAAAACAGGUUUUAACCCUGGCGAUGUAGAUGGUACGGAGACUGGACUUUGCUACUUUGCCGAUAGCCAAAUCGAUCGCUCGCCUACAGGAUCUUGCGUCGCAGCGCGCGUGGCGUUGGCGUAUGAGAAGGGCUUGAGGAAGCCUGGACAGCGCUGGGCGUAUAACUCAUUGGUGUCAAAUAAAUUUGGAGCCGGAGCGUUUACCGCUGAAAUCGCCGGCGAGGAUUCCAUCACUGAUACCAAGGAGAGGAGUAUUCGUUCUGUAGUUGCGAAAGUUGGCGGACAGGCCUUCUAUACCGGGGCGAUGACCUUCAUAGUGGAAGAUGAAGAUGUGGUAUCGAGUAGUGGAUUCACUAUGGCUGAUUCACUCGUCCCUGUAAAUACGACUGAGCUUUUCGAUUUUCUGCCCGAACCCCAUCCGAGUUGUUACCCCAUCGUCAACACAAUGCUAUUCUGCGGCGGAGUCCAAGGUCCACGCCGUCGCAGUCGCGAAAAGGCCAUUCUGGUGACGAUGUUCAUCAUAGGCGCUUUGUACUUUCUGUUCUUCGCGAAGAAGUCGGAACACCGCAAAUUUGUAUCCCACAAUUCAUUAUCCCAUGAAGGUUCACAGCAAAAUUCGCAUUCGGGGCAGGCUUCCCCGUCGCCGGUGCCAAAGUCGCAGACUCUCGAGAAGGACCUGGUCAUUGCUAGUAUGAAGAAGGACGACGUCUCCUGGCUAUAUGAUAACUUUCCUGAAUGGCAUAAGAGUAUCUACGUGGUAGAUGAUAAGCAGGCGGAGUUGACGGUGGACCUGAACAAGGGAAGGGAGUCUAUGGUGUACCUGACGUAUAUUAUUGAUAACUACGAUAACCUCCCCGACGCGAUGCUAUUCAUCCACUCGCAAAGAUACCAGUGGCAUAAUGACGAUCCCUACUAUGACGGUGUCCCAAUGCUCCGCAAUUUCCAGCUCCCCUACCUCCUAAAGCAAGGAUAUGUCAAUCUCCGCUGCGCCUGGGUUCUCGGAUGUCCGGUCGAGAUCCACCCGCUUACUGAUACUCAUCGUGACGACGUCCAUGCAGGCGAGUACUUCAAGACUGGUUUCAUGGAGCUUUUCCCUGGCGUCGAAGUACCAGAGGAAGUCGGGGUUUCGUGUUGUGCGCAAUUCGGUGUCACACGAUCGAAGGUUCUUGAGCGGCCGAAGAGCGAUUAUUUGCGGUUCAGGAAGUGGUUGGCUGAGACGCCGCUGCAGGAUGACCUUAGUGGGCGCAUCAUGGAGUAUUCAUGGCACAUGAUCUUCGGAAAGGGCCCCGUGUACUGUCCCACUGCCGAAGAGUGCUACUGCAAGGUGUUCGGGCUGUGCGACCUAUCUUGUCCAAACCAGGGAGACUGCGCUGGACGCUACGUGCUCCCUCCUUUUUCUUCUCUCCCAGAGGGAUGGCCGUAUAAGGGCUGGAAAGGCCAGGACCAGGACCCGACCAAGGGAUUGCCUGAAGCUUGA